AUGGACAACCAAGAUGUUCUUGAAGAAUUACAAAGAGCUAGGAAUCUUGUUGUCAGCCCUGCUAAGGAGAUUGAUGUUGAAAGUGGAAAAUUGUUAGAAAUGGAAUUCAAGUUGGAUGAGGUUUCUGAAGCUCUUAGUAAAAUGAAGGCAGAACAAACAAGGCUACAUCAAGAAUAUAUUGAAGAACAGAGGAAGAGCAAGUUGGCUAGCCAAAAUAGUGAAAAGCUGCAUCAGGAAUUCGAGUCUUUGAGGAAUGAGCUUGAGAUGACAGUUGAAAGAUUGGAUAAGCAAGAGGCUCAACAUGACCAAGAGCUAAAAAAUCUAAUGCUUCGAGAGGAUAAGUUGAAAGCUCAAAGCUCAAUGAACAGUGACUAUGCACUGAUUGUUCAGCUUGAUGAUUUGAAAAAAGAGUUGGAUGAAAAGGACUUUUGGAGUUCUCAAACCAAGAUUGAAAUUAAAAGGAUGGGAGAGGUUGAUCCCAGACCUUUUAAAGAUGCAUGCAUGAGGAAGUUCUCUGGAGAUUGGGAGCUGAACUCCACUGAAUUAUGCUCGUUAUGGCAGAGCCUUGAAACUAUCUACUGUGAAGACAUUAUGUUGAAGGAAUUGAGAAGUGAGUGGGGUGAUGAGGUUUGCAAGGCUGUAUCGAAUGCAUUGCUGGAAAUGAAUGACUACAAUGGAAGUGGGAGAUACAUAGUUCUCGAGCUUGGGAACUUCAAAGAGGGAAGAAAAGCCAGCCUGAAAGAGGCAGUUGAGUGCAUCAUCCAGGAAUUAAAGACCCAAAAAUCUCAUAAACAAGGUGACAUAGCCAUCUGUGCUUGGCCUUUAGUAUUUCACAAUUGCUACUUCUGA